AUGAGCUCUUUAGACCAUGACCUACCAACACAGGCCAAUGGAGCGUUGAAUGGUUUGGCAGAGGCCAGCAUUCACUCCAAUGGGACUUCCCAGACCAAAGAGGUGCCCCUAACACCCGAAAGCUGGUCAGAUCUCGAAGUCAAUGGAUCGUCACCCGAUUCCCCCAUCGCGAUAUGUGGUAUGGCCCUUCGCCUUCCUGGUGGAUUAGCAAGUCCACAGGAAUUUUGGGACUUUCUUGUAGCCAAAGGCGACGCAAGAGGCCGCGUUCCAAAGUCCCGGUACAACAUCUCUGCAUACCACUCUACCUCUGGACGUCCAGGAACCAUUGCAACCGAAUACGGAUAUUUUCUUGAUGAGAGUGUCAAGCUCGGUAGUCUGGAUGCUUCUCGCUUCUCGCUGAGUCGCGCUGAGCUUGAAUUUGCCGACCCACAGCAACGUUUGAUGCUGGAAGUCGUCCGGGAAGCCCUUGAUGAGGCCGGUGAAAUGGACUUCAAGGGUAGCGUGACGGGAUGCUACAUGGGAAGCUAUGGUGAGGACUGGCUUGAAAUGCAAAACAGAGACCACCAACAGACUGGAGUCAACCGAGUUGAUGGCUACAGCGACUUCAUGCUUUCUAGCCGCAUAUCCUAUGAGAUGGAUCUCAAGGGACCAACUAUGACCGUCCGCACUGCUUGCUCUGCGGCACUUAUUUGCUUGCACGAGGCCGUCUCCGCCAUUCAAAGGGGUGACUGCCAAGCGGCAGUUGUGGGGGGUGCAAAUUUGAUCAUGGCUCCUGGGAUGACAGCGUUCAUGACUGAGAAGGGUGUUUUAUCGCCGGAUGGCUCCUGCAAGACCUUCUCUGCUGACGCUAAUGGCUAUGCCAGAGGUGAAGCUGUUACUGCUGUGUAUAUUAAACCACUUGCUGCUGCUAUUCGAGAUGGCAACCCGGUCCGUGCGGUCAUCAGGUCCACUGCUUCGAAUGGCGAUGGCAGAACACCGGGCAUUGCGCAACCCAGCACCGAGAGUCAAGAAGCUCUGAUAAGAAAGGCUUAUGAGAAAGCCGGAAUCACCGACUUUUCUAAGACUGCGUUCGUGGAGUGCCAUGGCACUGGCACGGCAGUCGGUGAUCCUAUUGAAACGAAUGCUGUUGCGCGUGUAUUUGGAGACUCUGGUGUUCAUAUUGGAUCUGUCAAGCCAAACCUUGGACAUUCCGAAGGUGCUUCAGGACUCACGGCCCUCAUCAAGGGUGUUCUAACCCUGGAAAACCAAAAGAUUCCACCGAACAUCAAAUUUUCAAGCCCAAACCCAAAGAUCCCCUUCCAAGAGAGGAAACUUGUUGUUCCAUUGGAGCCAACUUCAUGGCCCGAGUCUUGCCAUGAACGAGUCAGUGUCAAUUCUUUCGGCAUUGGAGGAUCAAAUGCGCAUGUCAUUCUCGAUUCGGCGCGCAGCUUCAAUCUUUCCGAAGAUACGCCUGAGACAACCCAUCAAUAUGAGCCCAGCAAGUCACACUUGCUCCUGUUAUCUGCCAAUUCCGCAUCCUCGUUAGAAGUCAUGACCAACAGCUUCCGGGACUGGGUUGGUCAGAACCCGGAAAGCAUUGAAGACCUUGCAUACACCCUUGCGCAUCGGAGAGAACGCUUGUCCCACCGAUCCUAUUUAGUCGCCAGUGGUGAUCGGCCAUCCGGGGCUCUUAGCCAGGGUCGGAAGGUACCCACCACGUCUCCAAAUUUGGUUAUGUUGUUUACCGGGCAGGGUGCGCAAUGGCCCCGAAUGGGUCGCCAACUUCUGCUCCGCUCCGACUUUUGUUUCCAAAGCAGCAUUCGGGCCCUUGACGGAUACCUCCGAGAUGCUCCGGACGCUCCAAGCUGGACUUUGGAAGAAGAACUUCUGAAACCAGCAAGAACUUCCAAAGUCCAAACGGCAGAGCUGUCGCAACCACUUUGCACAGCUGUCCAGAUAGCCUUGGUUGAUCUCCUUGCAGCUGUUGGUGUGAAUCCCUCCGCAGUCGUCGGUCACAGCAGCGGUGAGAUUGCGGCAGCUUAUGCUUCUGGAGCCCUUACGGCCAAGGAAGCCAUCAUAUCUGCAUGGCAGAGAGGAAUUGCCGCCAAGAAGCAGACGAGGCCUGGAGCGAUGGCUGCCGUUGGGCUGAGUUGGGAUCAGGUGAGCAGUUUCCUGACGCCACCAAAGGUCGUGGUUGCAUGUGAGAAUUCACCCAGGAGCGUUACCCUGUCGGGAGAUGCUGAAGAGGUGCAAUCCACCAUCUCUCGUAUCAAGGAAGCGCACCCUGACGUGACAGCCAAACUGCUCAAGGUCGAAAAGGCGUACCAUUCAUAUCACAUGCGAGAGGUUGGGGGAGAAUACGCCGAAGCCUUGCUCCGUGAUGUCCAGGGCAAUCCACCCUCCGUUCCAUUCUUCUCUUCCGUCACUGGCUCGGGAAAGCCUGAGGAGGUUGCCUUGGACGCAAAGUACUGGCAGAGAAACCUCGAGUCACCCGUUCUUUUCAAGUCAGCAAUUACCGGAGUCCUAGACCAGGUCGACAAUGUCACCUUUUUGGAGGUUGGACCACAUCCAGCACUUGCAGGUCCCGUCAGGCAAAUUAUGACACAAGCAUCGAGCUCAGCACCAUACGUCGGAGUCAUGGAGCGUGGCUCGGACUGCGUUGAGAAUUUCUUGACCGCGCUCGGAAAGUUGUUUGAGCUGAACGUCCCAAUCGACUUCACCAAACUCAUUCCCACAGGAACCUGUCUUCCUAACCUCCCACGGUACCCCUGGGACCACAAAUCCAACUACUGGCGCGAAUCCAGAAUUUCUCAUGAAUGGAGAGAUCGUGAGUUCCCGGCGCAUCCCCUCCUCGGUGUCCGUCAGCUUGAGAGUACGAGCCUUGAGCCCAGUUUCCGAAACAUGCUGCUCAUUGAAAAUGCGAGCUGGCUCCGAGACCACAAGAUUGAGGACAAUGUCAUUUUCCCCUGUGCUGGCUAUAUUUCAAUGAUCGGUGAAGGCAUUCGACAGAUUAGUGGAUCGCAAGAUUCCUUUACAUUGCGAAAUGUCGUACUCAGUUCGGCUCUCGUGUUGUCGGAGGAUGCACCCGCUGAGCUAGUCACUACGUUCCGUCCAGUUCGCCUCACCGAUUCGAUGGACAGCCAGUGGUGGGAUUUCACAAUUGCGUCUUUCAACGGAAACAUUUGGAUGAAGCAUUGCACAGGGCAGGUUGCAUCUGAGAAGAUACAGCCCGUGCAUAAGCCAGAGGAGGGCCUGCUCCCGCGAAAGGUGCAGCGACGGAAGUACUAUGAUGUUCUCUCUCGGGCCGGUAUCAGUUACGGACCCCACUUCCAACGCCUUGAGGACAUUCGGACGGGUACAGUCGAUAAUCGCGCAACUGCUCGCUUGUCAGACGAUGUCUGCGGAGAUGAAGAGCAUUAUCAUAUCCAUCCAGCCGUGAUUGAUGCCUGCAUUCAAUCCGGCCCCCUUGCAGGCACUAAGGGACGUGUCGAGGCGAAACACUACCGGCGAGUGCCAACGAAAAUCGAGAGGGUGACUGUUCAUCGCUGCGAUCCCGCUGCGGAUAUCAAGGUCUCGGCGUCGGCUGUAUUCAUCAAAGGCAGUGGUGAUGUUGUCAGCCGCGUACAAUGCAUAUCGAAUGGCGGUAUUGUGUUGGACAUGGAAGGUGCCAAACUCUCGCCUUUGGAAGAAGCUGAGGAGCUAGGAACAGCCAAGCCCAUGACAUCGGCACGUCUCACGUGGGGACCACACAUCGACUUCCUGGACGUCACCCGUCUCAUAAAGCCUGAGAUUCCCAGGCGUCUAUACACCCCAACUCUCGACGAGCUUGCCCGCCUGUGUCUGGUAUAUUCGGAACGACUGAUUGAGGGAGCUCAAACCAGUCUCCCUCAUAUGACCAAGUACAUGAAUUGGAUGGCACGGGAGGUCCGCGGCUACGGAGACGACUCAUCACUUCUUGCCAUGGAUGGCGCCUCCAUUAAAAGGAAAAUUUCGAGCUUGGUUCAAAAGAUGGCAGGUACACCUGUGGAGGACUGUGCUACUGCCGUUCAGAAAGUGGUCAACAACAUGGAAGGCCUGUUGUCUGGGGAGACAGAUCCUCUCGAAUUAUUGUUGGCCGACAAUACUCUGACGAAGCUAUAUAUUGCGACGGACGCCGUGGACCGAUCUCAACUCAUCCGUCACCUCGCCCACAGCAAGCCUAAUCUUCGCAUUCUCGAGGUCGGCGCAGGCACAGGGGCAUCCACAGCAAGCAUGUUGAAACAUUUGGUUCUGCCUACUGGGCAGCCCCUGUACUCCAAGUACGCGUUCACCGACAUUUCUUCCGCAUUCUUCGUCUCUGCAAAGGAUCAUUUCGAGGACUAUCGCAAUAUUGAGUAUCGCGUUCUGGACAUCAGCCAGAGUCCAGCCGAGCAAGGAUUCGAAGAUGAUAAAUUUGACCUCGUUAUUGCCACCAACGUCCUUCACGCCACAAAGAGUCUAAAUGAGACUCUGAGAAACGUGCGCCAACUGCUCUCUCCUGGCGGCAGACUUCUUCUCCAUGAGCUUGACUCUGCCUCCAAAUGGCCUAACUUCAUUUUCGGCACUCUACCAGGUUGGUGGUAUGGUGGACCAGACGGUCGCCCAGAUCAACCCUAUGUGACCCCAGCUCGAUGGGAGUCAGAGCUCAGAGAUGCCGGUUUUAAUGGCCUGGAUGCAGUCGUACAUGAUGCUGAAGAAGGAUAUCAGCUGAAUGCUAUCAUAGUCGCAAGCCCACAAACCGAGAGAAAGCCUGUCAACAAGACAAUCUCCAUUCUAAGUGAUGAGGUCUGCCCCCAUCUGACCCCCUUGUCCAGAGUUCUGGAGGCCCGAGGCUUCAUGGUCCAGCCAUAUCAACUUGGUCAGGAACUACCGGCAGGGCAAGACAUCAUUUCGCUCCUUGAUUCCACACAGCCCUUCUUCAAAGAUAUUGAUGAAUCUCGCUUCAUAUCCUUCCAACGGGUAUUGGACAACCUUGAACAGUCCGCGCUGUUUUGGGUGACACAGCCAUGUCAAAUUCAGUGUCGUGACCCCAACUAUGCCCAGGUUAUUGGCACCGCUCGUACCAUCCGUACUGAGAUGCUGUUGGACUUUGCCACGUGCGAAGUGGAUCACCUUGGCUCUUCCUUGGAGAAGGUGGUCGAUGUCUUUUCAAAGUUCCAAACAAGAGUGGAGGAUGAGACUUUCAAGCCUGAAUACGAGUACUCCAUUUGCAAUGGCACCGUCAACGUCGGCAGAAUCUAUCCCUUCUCUUUGACUGAUGAACUUUCGUCAACUGCCAUUUCAGAAGAACGCAUCGGCCUCGACAUGGGUAAGCCAGGACGUCUUAAUACUCUGAGAUGGACUCCGCGUGAGAAAAAGAUCCUCCUGAGUGACGACGUAGAGGUGCAACUCCACGCGGCGGGGCUAAACUUCAAGGAUGUCUUGGGCUCAUUGGCAGUAGUCCCCUAUCCGGAGGAUGGUCUCGGGAUCGAGUCCAGUGGUGUUGUCUGCCGUGUUGGUCCCGAUGUCACGGACCUUCGCAUUGGCGAUCGGGUCAUGCUCUUAGGCGAUGGCUCCUUUGGGUCACACGUGGUUACCCCCGAGAGGCUUUGCGCAAAGAUUCCCGCCAGCCUCAGCUUCGAAGAUGCUGCGAGUAUGCCGGCAGUCUUUGCCACUGCAGUUUGCUCGCUGUUUCAUAUUGGCAAGUUGCAAAAGGGACAAUCCGUGCUUAUACACAGUGCCUGUGGCGGUGUUGGUCUAGCUGCUAUCCAACUUGCUCUCAUGGUAGGCGCUAAUAUUUACGCAACCGUCGGAAGCGAGGAGAAGAUCAACCACCUUGUCGAAACCUUUGGACUUCCAAAGAACCAAAUUUUCCACUCCAGGGACACCAGCUUUGUGGAAGGGAUCAUGCGUGAAACAGACGGACAAGGCGUGGAUGUCGCCUUGAACUCUCUAUCUGGAGAGCUUUUACAUGCCACUUGGCGUUGUGUAGCAGAGUUUGGUACCCUGGUCGAGAUCGGAAAGCGUGACUUCCUCGGUGCCGGCAAGCUCGAUAUGGAUGUUUUCCUCGGCAGCCGGACAUAUUCCUGCUUCUACCUUGAUGCACUCAUGGCAAGAAAACAGUCAAAGGUCAAGGAGCUUCUCAGGGAAGUUUUAUGGUACUUUCAGAGUGGCCAGAUCACUCCCGUCAGGCCUAAGAAAGCUUUCAAUGCCUCGGAGAUUGAAGAGGCAUUCCGCUAUAUGCAACAAGGCCAGCAUCUGGGCAAGGUUAUUAUCUCAAUCAGGAACACUGAUGGUAAUCUAAAACUUGAUACUGCAUCCGUCAAGGCACCGAAGGAACUGAACCUGGACAGUGAGGCAUCUUAUCUCCUCGUUGGUGGCCUUGGUGGCCUUGGGCGAGCAGUGGCAAGGCACUUGGCUGAGCGAAACGCACGCCGUGUUGUAUUCCUCUCCAGAAGCGCUGGAAAUGGCCCUGAUGAUCCCGACACCAUCAAAGAGCUCGAAAGCAUGGGAUGUGAGAUACGUCUCGUCAAAGGAAGUGUUUUGCAGCAAGAGGAUGUGACCCGGGCUUUGGAGCAAGCUCCAAAUCUGAAGGGCAUUAUCCAAUGUUCUAUGGUUCUUCGUGACGAGAACUUCGGGCGGAUGAGCAUAGACGAGUGGAGAACUGCAGUGGCUCCUAAGGUCCAAGGGACAUGGAAUCUCCACCAUGCUACUCUCGCCGCUGGGAUCGAACUUGACUUCUUUAUUUUGUUCUCUUCCAUGUCUGGAGUCACUGGACAAGCCGGUCAGGCAAACUACGCCGGAGCGAACACUUUCCUGGAUUCCUUUGUGCAGUACAGAACAAGCCUUGGUCUCGCGGCAUCUUCCCUGGAUAUUGGAGCAGUGCAAGAUGUUGGUUAUGUUUCGCAAGACGAUGCUCUUCUGAAGAGGAUGAAGCUCGCAAGUGCACAUGGAAUCACGGAGCCUGAACUCAUGGAAGCUGUCAGCGCAGCUGCUCUGUUCCUUAAAACUUCUCCGGCUAGCUGCGAUACCCUCGCUGAGCAUUUUGUGGACAAGAACACCAUUGCACUGGGUCUAUCGACAGCAAUUCCCUUAAGCAGCUCCGAAAGCCGUGCGUUUUGGAGAAAGGACGUGCGAAUGGCCGCCUACCACAACUCUUCCAAGAUCAGUGCGGGAACCUCUGGCUCGAACAGUGAUAAUCUCAAGUCGUUCAUGGCGCGAGCCAAGGAAGAUGCGAGCAUUCUCAGCAGCGAGGAGUCGACAAUAUUCCUUGCUCAAGAAAUAGGCAAGAAGCUGUUUAUGUUCCUUCUGAAGUCGCCGGAGGACCUGGAUACGUCUGUGUCACUUGCCCAGCUGGGAAUGGAUUCUUUGGUCGGCGUCGAGAUGCGCAGUUGGUGGAGGCAGGCAUUUGGGUUCGAUAUCAGCGUCCUUGAAUUGCUGGGAAUGGGAAACCUGGACGGACUGGGUAGGCAUGCGGCGGAAGGAGUUCUGAAGACACUGAGUGAAGAACAUGCAUAG